GAUCCGACAGCGGCGGGUUCAGUUCAGUUAGUAGUCGACUCUUGUUCCGUUCACUCCUCUCCCAAAACUGUUUCUCCCAUUCAAUUCUUGGGAGCUAACUGCUAGCUAGCCCAGCACCCAUUCACAUUUUAGGUUUGCUGGCCAACGCAUUAUUUUGAACUUUCAACAUUUGUGCAAGUGAAGUGGGGAAAAGAGAACUCGACAGUGAAUUUUCAUUUUUGAUUCGAUCGGUUUGUUUAGAACAAUUUGAGUUUGGGGACAUAUUUUCCAUUUAGUUUUGUAGUCCUAUCGAGGCUUGAUGAAUUGCAACUGUUCAACCAAACAGCUAUUAAGUGCUGAACUUGAAUGACUAACGAAAUGCGCUUUGUUCUCGAGUGAUGGACCAUUCAAGUUAAACGCAGCGACUCGCAUCAGCAAUAAUCAAUUCGAGUUCAUUUGACUGGGAAAUUCGUAGUUUCGUAGAAUUGGCCUAUUUCAUCGAAUACAAAAUCAAUAAAAAUGGCGUUGAAAAUCUACCGACUGUUGGGCAUCGUUUGGCUGGCGACUGUAACGUCCAGCAAGAGCACCAAUAGCAAUAAUGGCGGAGGAGGGAGCAGCGGCGUCGGCGGCGGCGGCGGCAUCAUGUCCGGCGGUGGCGGCGGCAACAGCGGCUUCCUCCACAUGUUCGCUGCCCAGCAGAACCCUCCCGACCCGUGCUACGAAGAGAUUCCCAUCGGCCUGGUCAGCAACCAGGGCAACCAGGGAAGCGUCGGUCCCGUCGGAGUGUCGGCCGUCGCCCUGGCCACCUCCGUCUCCAGCAGCGGAACGGUUUUGCGCUCGCGUCGCUGCGUUCCCGAUUUCGUCAACGCCGCCUUCGGCAAGGAGGUGACGGCCACUUCGACUUGCGGCAACCCUCCGUCUCGCCACUGCUACGCCACCACCGACGACAAGGGCGACCUGACUCGGCUCUGCAGCCUUUGCGACUCCAGCAACGCCCGCCGACGCCACCCGUCCACCUAUUUGACCGACCUGCACAACGUCAACAACAUGACGUGCUGGCAGUCGGAGCCGCUCAUUCCUCCGCCGGCAGCAGCAGCAGCAGCAGCUUCUUCUCCGGGCGGCUCAUCUUCUGCGUCGGUUGGGCAGCAUCAGCCGUCGGCCAGUUCGGCCAGUUCGGCCGUGACGGAGAACAACGUGACGCUGACGCUGUCGCUGGGCAAGAAAUACGAGCUGACUUACAUCAGCCUGCAGUUCUGCGGCCGCAAGCCGGACAGCCUGGCCAUCUACAAGAGCAUGGACUUUGGCAAGACGUGGCAGGCCUUCCAGUAUUACUCGUCGCAAUGUCGCAAACUCUACGGCCGCCCCAACCGGGCCAUCAUCACAAAGUCCAACGAGCAGGAGGCCCUCUGCACCGACGCCCACUCCCUGCUGGACCCUCUGUCCGGCUCGCGCAUCGCUUUCAGCACCAUGGAGGGCAGGCCUAGCGCCUUUGACUUUGAGAACAGUCCCGUCCUGCAGGACUGGGUGACGGCUACCGACGUCCGCGUCGUUUUCCACCGCUUCCACCCGUACCACGGCGACGACAGCAGCCAGCGCAGCUCCGGCGGAAGCUCCGGCGGCGCAGCGGAGAGCAGCAACGACUCGAACGCCGCCGCCGCCACAGCCACAGCCACAGCCGUUUCCGUCCGCGACUACUCCUUCUACGCGGCGGCCGACUUCGCCGUUGGCGGACGCUGCAAAUGCAACGGCCAUGCCUCCAGGUGCGUCCAGGGACGGGACGGGCUCCUCGGCUGCGACUGUCGUCACAACACAGCCGGACGCGAUUGCGAAAAAUGCAAACCUUUUCAUUUCGACCGGCCCUGGGGACGGGCCACCGCCAAAGACGCCAACGAAUGCAAAGCUUGUAACUGCAACUUACACGCGCGCAGAUGUCGUUUCAAUAUGGAAUUAUUUAAACUGUCGGGCCGCAUAAGUGGAGGAGUGUGUCUGAAAUGCCGCCACAAUACGGCCGGACGCUAUUGCCAUUAUUGUAAAGAAGGCUAUUACCGCGACCCAGCAAAGCCCAUCACCCAUCGCAAAGCUUGUAAAGAAUGCGAAUGUCAUCCAGUUGGAGCAUCAGGCCGAACUUGCAAUCAAACAACUGGGCAAUGCCCUUGCAAAGAUGGCGUCACCGGAAUCACAUGCAACCGCUGUGCCAAAGGAUACCAACAAAGUCGAUCACCCAUAGCUCCUUGCAUCAGAAUUCCGAAAUCUUCAGUAAAUCCUGCCCCAUCUUCAGUCGAGCCCACCAACUCUAACACAGAAGGCUGCGGACCUUGCCCAGCGGACAACCGGCGACUCAAUUUAAAGAAGUACUGCAAACGCGAUUACGCACUGUUGGCUACUAUUACGGCGCGAGAAACGGCAGGAGAAUGGGUGAAAUUUACUAUGAAUGUCCAAACGAUUUUCAAGAAAACAAGAGAUAAUCGCGUACGUCGAGGACUAACUUAUUUCUGGGUUCGAAUGUCUGAUCUUGCAUGUAAAUGCCCAAAGAUCAAAAUUAACAAAUCCUACUUAAUUUUGGGAGGAUCCGAGGACAGCAAGUACGGUCGUCCUGGCAUCGAACUUAAUACUCGAUCUAUCGUCAUUGAAUGGAAGGCAGAAUGGAUUAGUCGGAUGAGACGAUUUGAACGUCGCGCGUCUCGUAAAUGCAAGUGAAAACUGAAAUAACUGGGUAUUUAACUUCAAAUUACUUUUAUUCGAUGAACAAGUUUUCUUCCGUUUGAUUUCCGAAGAAUUCUUCUAAAGUUUCCCUUGGUUUCAUUGACAUUAAUAUGUAUCAUUCAUGUGUUUCAAUUUAUCAAUUUAUAUUAUCAGUUUCCCAUUUACAAUUUGUGUUGUUCAUUUCCCUUCACCAAUAAGAAAAUUAACUCAGUCAAGAACGUGCUAAAAAACGUAAGACAAAGCAAAUCAUAACCUUUUUUUCGGAAGUCAAAGGACACAAACAUUCGUACAGUGGUGGUACCCAAGCCUAUUCUUUUGGCUUUCAUAUAACGACCUAUCAGCAAGCUAGCAAAGAUUAACAAGUAGACCUCACACCUACACAAGUAUCUCUAGCGAAGGCUAAGAUGACGACAAACAUAAUAGCCUACUAAGUAAGACCUCUUUUACAUAAAAUAAAAAUUUUCGGUGUUGUAGCAAGUUCCUACUUUUAAUUUGUACUUUAUGGUGGUGUAACAUUUUAAAAUUAAAAAAAAAACACUCUUCCUCUGAAUUCUGCUGAAGCCAAUUUAUAUUUUCUUCUUGAGCUUGCGAGCUCGGUAGACAUUUAACAUUUUUAAAUAUCACUUAAUAACCCUCAACUAUUGUCCUGUACAUUAUGUUUCGCUGCUGUAAUGUGCGCUGUUUUAAAUGUUUGAUGUACAUUAUUUUCUUCUAUACUAUUCUUAACAAGAAUCAUUGUUUUUAAAAAACUAAUUUCAACUGUAGUAUUCGUAACGGUAUUUCCGAGUGGCCAAUUUCCCCAUUUUUGUCUCGAUUUUAUGUUUGUGAUAACUGUAGUACUAUUUUGUGUCAAUACAAGUACCGUCAUCUAAACAUA